UCUAUCCGGUGAGUCGUGCGAUGAAUAGCUUUUCGAAUUUGUCAUAUUUGUACCGUGAAAUGUGCGUUCUGGUUGUUCUAUCAUAUCUCUAGUUCCGUGCGCAGUUAACUUAAUCCAAGCGAUUCGUGCUUUACGACGCUUUACAAACACAGGCUUCCAAUACUAUCGGUAAACUUCACAUUAACAUGCUGGCAACGUACUUGCACAGUGACAGCAUCAUAAAAAUAAUAACCUUAUCUGUGGAUCGUACCGACGGCAGUCAAAUCGAGUGCAAGUAAUGUAAUCUGACUGCGGUACCGUCCAGUAUAAUUUGGACAUCGGAAUAGAAUCGAGGUGAAUUUUGCAAGCCGGAAGAGUUGAACUGUUUAAGUAACCUUCGUUGUGCCGACAUGGAAUACAACAUUUCUAAAACUGAUGGUUUCUUGCAACAAAAAUGGGAUGCCUUUCUGGACGUAGUCGGAGAUGACCCAGAACGGCUCUACCUAUGGGGUCAAACGCUAUACGCUCACUUCUUUUUCUGGAUAGUGGGUUUGAUUUACGUCCUGAUGGACAUCACUGGUCAUCCAAAAUUUCUUCGGAAGUAUAAAAUUCAGCCGGGUAUGAAUGAGCCAAUAACAUGGAAGGACUUGAAAAAGAUCAUAAAGACUGUUCUAAUAAAUCAGUUUAUAGUGGGUUUACCAUUGAGCUACGUUCUAUUCCACCUAUUCGGCAGACAUGGCUACCCCGACAUUCGUAUCCUACCAACUGCUUAUGAAGUCGCCCGUGAUUUCCUGAUCUGUCUGGUUCUACGAGAAAUCGGUUUUUAUUACAGCCACAGGUUAUUGCAUCAUAAACUUCUGUACAAGAUCAUUCACAAAAAACAUCACGAGUUUACUGCACCGAUUGCUUGGACCGCUGAGUAUGCUCAUCCGAUCGAGCAUAUUUUCAGCAACAUGCUUCCUCCUUUGCUGGGAAUCGGACUGAUGAAAAGCCAUUUCGUGACGUCACUUAUAUGGUUCACACACAUCAUCUACGAUACCUUAACGACUCACUCGGGAUAUCAUUUGCCAUUGGUGUGCAGCAGCGAACGACACGAUUACCACCAUUUAAAGUUUAACCAAUGCUACGGUGGCUAUGGCUUUCUUGACUGGUUGCACGGUACCGACGCCCAGUAUCGCGGGUCUAAAAACUAUCGACGCGAUCGACGGCUUUGGGGGCUCAAAUCAGCUCGGGAGCUUGUACCAGAUAAAGACUGAACGAAGUGAAAGGAUUCAUGCUGUGUGCAUGACUGUUUAUGAAUCGCGGCUAAACGUGUCUGCGUAAACAUUGUUUGUUUCGGUCUUACAUUUGAGUGCAAUACAAUAAAGUACAAAAAGAUCACAAGUCAAUGAU